AUUGCAGGUGUCCGCUGCUCGAGCUCGCCUGGUUUAUUUCCACCGCAUUCGGCAGAUCGGGGUUGAUCGAGCGCGAGCAUUCAGCGAUAAUGACGAAAGUUAUUCUACCACGGAGUUUCAAGUUCCAGGUUGCUCCAUUUCGCGCCUGGAAGAAGCAUGGCACAUAUGGAAAUGUGGCGCCGUUUUCAGCAUCGACGGCACGUCGGUCCUAUGCUGAUACCAUUGACAACCUCAAAAUCGGCAAGCACACGCGUGUGCUUUACCAGGGAUUUACCGGUCGGCAAGCUACUAUGAAUGCCCAAGAAUCGAUAGACUAUGGCACCAACGUUGUCGGCGGUGUCAAGCCCGGUUUUGAGGGCGAGCAUCUCGGUCUACCUGUCUUGCCCAGUGUCCGGGCUGCUGUAGAAAAGCUCAAGCCUGACGCCAGUGCCAUCUACGUGCCUGGAAAUGGCACCGUAGCGGCAAUGGAAGAGGCCAUUGAGAACGAGAUACCUCUUAUCGUGGCUGUAGCAGAACAUAUUCCAGUUCAUGACAUCAUGCGGAUACACCAAAUGCUUAGAACACAGUCCAAGACAAGGUUGGUCGGCGCAAACUGUCCUGGCAUUAUCAGCACACAUGGCCGUUGCCGACUUGGAUUUCAACCAUUACCCUUCUUCAAGGAAGGCAAUGUCGGCAUUGUGGCCAAGUCAGGGACAUUGAGUUAUGAAGCCGUGGCUUCUACGACUCGUGCUGGGCUUGGACAAACGUAUGGUAUCAGUAUGGGCGGCGACAUUCUUGCUGGCACGAACUUCGUCGAAGCAUUCCAGGUCCUGGUGGAGGAUGAGAACACCGAAGGCAUCAUCAUGAUUGGUGAGGUCGGUGGCAGCGCCGAACUUAGAGCUGCCGAAUGGAUCAAGGAGUACAACAAACGGGAAGCAAAUCCCAAACCUUUCAUGUCUGUCAUUGGUGGUAUUCAAGCACCUCCUGCCCGAAUUAUGGGUCACGCUGGCGCAUGGGCGGCGCCCGGAGAGGCCAGUGCUGCACAGAAGAUAAGGAUCUUGCAAGAUGUUGGCGUUACAAUCGUCGAUCAUCCAGAAAAACUUGGAGAAGGCAUGAAAAAGUUGUUAGCGGGACGGGCAAAAUCUGGAGGACACAAGGCCUCUGGUGCUGGGGCGUCACAGAAAAGAGGCUAUCAUACCAUGCGACGGCGGCCGAUGGUUUCGGAAAGUAAGACAAACACACGUGAACAGCGACGGACGCUGUACAUCAAGAAGUCACAGGCGCUUGAUAUGCUUAGAGACCGAGGGAUCAAUAUUGCAGAUUCUCCGACGGGACAGCAGGAGAAAUUUGUGGCAAUAUCGAUCGAUCGCGACGCACGGCAGCCUUGCAUCAUUGCAUCACCGACGACAGCUCCUGGUGAGGCUUUCCAGCUGUCGAAGAGCUUUCCUUUCGGCUACGGUACAGACGAAGCAAAGUCCGACACAAUAAUCCAGGACGUCGCGGCACAUUUGGGUAUCUCAGGUGAAGGCCGAGAAAACUUGGCCCGAUUGGUUGGCGAACUGGCGGACCUUUUCACGUCAAAGGAGGCAUUCGUUCUUCAGACGAAGAUAGUGGUCGAUGAUAGCGGUGUUCUGCAAGUCCAGGGCGCCAAAUUCGGAUUCGAUGAUGCAGCUUUUCGAAGUUCGAAGAGACAAGCUGACGUACAUGCCUUGCGAGACAUCGAGAGCGAAGUUCCAGAAGAAAUCGAAGCCGAGAAGGAAGGCAUGAUAUAUGUCAAGUUCGGGGGCGAAGGAUCGAUUGGCACGAUCGUCAAUGGUGCCGGGUUGGCCAUGAAUACCGUCGACGCCCUGGUGGCUAGAGGUGGUUCACCGGCGAACUUUAUGGACACUGGUGGCAAGGCGACGUCAGAAACUAUCAAGGCUGGUUUCAGGAUCAUCGUGUCGGAUCCUAGAGUGAAAGUCAUCUUUGUCAAUAUUUUUGGAGGUCUGACGCUGGGUGAUAUGAUUGCCAAUGGCAUCCUGAUGGCGUUCAAGGAUUUGAAGCUCAAGGUACCGGUCGUCGUUCGGAUACGGGGGACGCGAGAGGCCGAAGGGCAGAAGCUGAUACAGGAGAGUGGACUUCAACUUGAUGCGUUUGAUUCUUUUGAGGAUGCUGCUGCCCGAGCAAUAGCGAUAGCGAAGGGGACUCAGUCAAUGGAGUAGGUCCAGCUGGGCGUACCUACCUAGGUAGUUACAUAUGUGGAAUCGGCGUACCGGGUUAUCGUCAUUGGGAUUAGCAUAUAUUUAUGAACCAGGCGACAUGGUCUCUGGUU